AGCGGAAGUCGGGGGCGUGGCGCGGGGAACGCCGGGACGGCGGCGGGGGCACGCGGCGAGGCCGGGGCUGGGAGCGGGGCCGCGAUCGUGUCGGGGUCCGUGCCGGGGCCGCAGGGCCCGAGCCCCCCGCGGCGCCAUGGGCAAGAAGAGCAAAGCGGGCCGGAGCCGGCGGGACAAGUUCUACCACUUGGCCAAGGAGACGGGCUUCCGCUCCCGCUCCUCCUUCAAGCUGCUCCAGCUCAACCGCAAGUUCCAGUUCCUGCAGAAGGCCCGGGCGCUGCUGGACCUGUGCGCGGCCCCCGGCGGGUGGCUGCAGGUGGCUUCCAAAUUCAUGCCGGUUUCCAGCUUGAUCGUUGGAGUGGAUUUGGUUCCUAUCAAACCCAUUCCCAACGUGGUGACGCUGCAGGAGGACAUCACAACCGAGAAGUGUCGCCAGGCCCUGCGCAAGGAGCUGCAGACGUGGAAGGUGGACGUGGUGCUGAACGACGGAGCGCCCAAUGUGGGAGCCAGCUGGGUGCACGAUGCCUACUCCCAAGCCAACCUGACCCUCAUGGCUCUGAAACUGGCCUGCGAGUUCCUCUGCAAAGGUGGCUGGUUCAUCACCAAGGUUUUUCGCUCCCGGGACUACCAGCCGCUCCUCUGGAUCUUCCAGCAGUUCUUCCACAAGGUCCAGGCCACCAAGCCCCAAGCCUCCCGCAACGAAUCCGCUGAGAUCUUCGUGGUGUGCCAGGGUGAGCAGCUGCGGGGACCUGCAGUCGCUGGCAACCUGGGGCGCUGGGCUGGGACCGGGGAAAAACUGUUGGUGUCUUUGAUUUCUCCCGCCCUAGGUUAUCAGGCGCCAGACAAAAUUGACAGCAAGUUCUUUGACCCAAAAUACGCCUUCAAGGAGGUCGAGGUCCAGGCCAAGUCCGUUAGCGAGUUGGUCAGCAAGAAGAAGCCAAAGGCAGAGGGCUACGUGGACGGUGACACGACGCUCUACCACCGCUUUACCCUGAUGGACUUCCUCAAGGCUCCCAACCCCGUGGACUUCCUCUCCAAGGCCAAUGAGAUCACGCUGGGGGACGGGGAGCUGGAGAACCACAGUUCCACCACCGAGGAGCUGCGUCAGUGCUGCAAGGACAUCCGCGUGCUGGGGCGUAAGGAGCUCAGAGCCCUGCUGAACUGGAGAACGAAAUUGCGGCGUUUCUUGACCAAAAAGCUGAAAGAGCAGGCAAAGGAGCUGGAUAUCAACCUGAGCUCUGGUGAAGAGGAGGAAGGCCGGGAGGAGGAGGAGAAGAAAAUGUCGCCAAAAGCCACAGCUGAUGAGGCAGGGAAAGAGGAAGAGGAGGAGGUAGAGCUGGCAUUAGCAGAGAUGAAGGCCAAGGAGCUGGCAGAGCUAAAAAGAAAAAAGAAGAAGAUCUUGAAGGAACAGCGGAAGCAGCGUGAACGUGUGGAGCUGAAGAUGGAUCUCCCCGGUGUCUCCAUCGCUGACGGUGGCGACACCAGCAUGUUCUCCCUCCAGACUAUCCACAGGACCCAGCUGCUGAAUGAGGUGGCCCGGGGAGACAUGGCAUCAGCAGAUACCCUUCUGGAGAUGCAACCAGGGGAUGAUGACAUCUACGUCUCUGAUCCGGACGAAGCUGACGAUGUGUCCCUGGCCAGUGAUCUGGACCCGGAGGAGUUGGUGGAGAUAGAGGCUCGUCAGCGCCGGCUGGAGCGGGAGAAGCGAGAGCAGGGUGCAAAGAGGGUGAAGCCUAAGGAGGAGGAAGAAGAGGAGGAAGAUGACGAAGAGGAGAAUCCUCUCCUCGUGCCUCUGGAGGAGAAGUCAGUGCUGAAGGAGCGGCAGACCAGCCUGUGGUUUGGGAAGGACGCCUUUGCCGGCAUUGAGGACGACGCGGAUGAGGACCUGGAGCUGGGGCAGUCGCAGAUGUUGGCUGAGAGACAGCGCGAGUCCCAGACAGACAAAGCGAAGAGGAAAGGGCAGAAGAAGAAGAAGGCUCCCCAGGAGGACACCAUGGCCGAGCCUCAGCCCGCAGCAGGCACAGCAGCUGAUGCCAAUGAAGCACAGGCUGAGCAGAGCAGCGAUGAUGAUGACAGCAGCAGUGAUGAGGAGAGGCCACCAACACCGGUGGAGAGGAAGCGGGGCCGGGUCGAGCCGUGUGGCUUUGAGGUGGUGCCCAUUGAGGACCCAGUGAAGAAAGCGCGCGUCCUGGAUGCAGAGGGGCUGGCGCUUGGCUCCGUCAUUGCCACCUCCAAAAAGGCCAGGCGGGACCUGAUCGACGACUCGUUCAACAGGUACUCCUUCAACGAGGAGGAGGGAGAACUGCCGGAGUGGUUCACGGAGGAGGAGAAGCAGCACCGGUGCAAGCAGAUACCCCUGGACCGGCAGACGGUUGAGGAGUAUCGGCAGCGCUGGCGCCAAAUCAACGCCCGCCCCAUCAAGAAGGUGGCGGAGGCCAAGGCCCGAAAGAAGCGGCGGAUGCUGAAGAAGAUGGAGCAGAUGAAGAAGAAAGCGGAGGCCGUGGUGAGCACGGUGGAUAUCUCAGAGCGGGAGAAGGUGGCCCAGCUGCGGCGCAUCUACAAGAAGGCCGGGCUGGGCAAGGAGAAGCGGCAGGUCACGUACCUGGUGGCUAAGAAGGGCGUAGGACCCCGGGUGCGUCGCCCCCCCGGUGUCAAGGGACAGUUCAAGGUCGUUGACAGCCGCCUGAAGAAGGAUGUGAGGGCUCAGAUGCGCAAAGACCAGAAGAAGAAACGCCGCAAGUGAUGUGGGACUUGGCUCAGGGCAGGGCUGGCUCCUGUCCCCCCACCGCAACCUCAGGAGCUCCUGGCUCGCCCUGCUGCUCCCCCAUCGUGGGGGCAGGGCUGUGACAGCCACAUGCUGUCACAUCUACGUCAGUGCCUUUAUGUCAUUGCCUCUUGUCCCGCUGUGGGGCAGGGAGGGUUGAUUUGGCCUCAGCGCUGUAGCGUCGACCCCCUGCCCGCGCUGGCUGUGUGACUGCAGGUCUAGGGCUGUCACCCUCGCUGGUUCUGCUGGGGUGCUGCUCGGACCCUUGCACUGCAGGGCAACGAGCACCCUUCCAGUCCUCGCCACGUUUGUCACCAACGUCCCAGGGCUGCAUGGGGCUGCGGGUGCUGAGCCCUGAGGCAGGACAGUGGCUGCAGUCUGUACAGAUCUGUUCCUCAUUUGCAACAGAAAUAAACCCCAGUCUGAGGUUGUC